AUGGCUACUACAACCGAGACCGCGCCUCUCUCGGCACCGGUGCAUGUUGAGCUUCCCGACGCGCUGGACAUCUUCAACGAGACCCAAUGGAAAGUUUUGAUGGCCCUCAUGGACGCCGUCAUCCCGGCCAUUCGCAUCCAGGAGUCGGGAGAAAACACCAAAGGCCAAGACACAUCGAUCAUUCAUCUCCCUAGCAGUGAGUACUCAGACGCAGCCGUCCAGCUACGAAACGCCGCUAGUCCUGGCAACCCUACGCCAGAAACGCUCGAGGCGUACCUCGCCGAGCGGCCCUCAGAUAACCCAGCCUUCGCCCAGGUCCUCAAAUGCGUCCUCUCCAACGUCCCGCCCAACAAGCAACGCGAGCUCCGCAUCCUCCUCUCCAUCUUGAACACCCGCCCAGGCAGUCUAAUCCUGACCUCGCACGCCACGCCCUUCCCCUCCCUCCCCCUCCAAGACCGCAUGAAAAUCCUCCAAAACUGGUCCACCUCCUCCCUCUGGUCCCUCCGCACGCUCUUCAAAUCCAUGAGCACGCUCGCCAAACUCGCCCACAUCCGCAGCAGCACCGCCUUCCCCCUCCUCACCGGCUUCCCCGCCGUCCCCUCCGGCUGGACCGCCGGCACGACCUCCUACCCCUACGAAUUCUUGCAAUUCCACCCCACCACCUCCACCACCAACCCCCCCAACCAACCCCUCGAAAUCACCACCGACGUCGCCAUCCUCGGCAGCGGCUGCGGCGCCGGCGUGGUGGCCAACCGCCUCGCGCGCGAAUUCGGCCCCUCGCUGCAGGUCCUCGUGCUCGAGAAGGGGCGGCACCUCGACGCGCGCCACUUCCCACUGUCGCAGGCCGGCGGGCUGGCCAGUCUGUUUGAGGCCGGCGGGGUGGUGGAGUCGGACGACGGGUCGGUGACGGUGACGGCGGGGAGUUGUUUUGGUGGCGGGGGGACGGUCAAUUGGAGUGCCAGUUUGAUGCCGCAAGGGUUUGUGCGGGAGGAGUGGGUGCGGGAGAGGGGGUUGGGGUUUUUUGGCGGGGAGGAGUUUCAGGGGUGUUUGGAUGGCGUGUGGGAGAAGAUGGGGUGUAGCGGGGAGAGGGUCAGGCCGAAUCAUGCGAAUAGGGUGUUGGUGGAGGGGGCGGAGAGGUUGGGAUAUCAGGCGAAGGUGGUGCCGCAGAAUGUGGGGGGAACGGAGCAUUAUUGUGGGUAUUGUACGUUGGGGUGCUGGAAGGGCGAGAAGAAGGGGCCGGUGAAUGGGUGGUUUCCGGAGGCGGCGAAGCAGGGGGUCAAGUUUGUGGAGGGGAUGCAGGUCGAGCGGGUGAUCUUUGAGGAGGGGAAGAAGGGGAAGGUGGCUAAGGGGGUUAAGGGAGUGUGGACGUCGAGGGAGGGCGAGAAGGUCCAGGUUGUGGUCAAGGCGAAGAAGGUGGUUGUUAGCUGUGGAACGCUUUGGAGCCCCGUGGUUCUGAUGAACAGUGGGAUUAAGGAUGGUUCCCUCACCUCCGUCGUCGGCUCCUUUGAGAACCUCGACUCCAAAGGCCACGGCGUGAAGCUUGAAGCCAUGUCCCAUGAUGCCCUCUUCUGCCUCCCCUUCCUCCCUUGGGCCUCCGGACUCGAAUACAAGCUGCUCUCAGCCAAAUACCGCCACCUCAACACCUUCAUCGCCAUCUGCCGCGACCGCGACACGGGCAGCAUCUACCGCGACCCCACCACCGGCCGCCCCCGCAUCACCUACACGCCCUCCGACUUCGACCGCGCCCACAACAUGCGCGGCGUGCUGGAGCUCUGCCGCAUCCUCUACGGCCACAGUGCCAGGGAGAUCCACCCGUCCAUCGCCGACUUCGCUCCCUUCAUCCGCAAGGAGGGUGCGGACGCGGAGGCGGAGAAGAAGGAGUUUGAGGCCUGGCUGGCCAAGCUCAAGGCGCACGGCAAUAAGCCGCCAGUGUCGCCGUUUGCGUCGGCGCAUCAGAUGGGCACGUGUCGGAUGAGUGCGAAGCCGAAGGAGGGCGUGGUGGAUUCGAGGGGGCGGGUUUGGGGUACACAGGGGCUGUAUGUGGCUGAUGCGAGCGUGUUUCCUAGUGCGAGUGGGGUGAAUCCCAUGGUGACGACGAUGGCGAUUGCGGAUUGGAUUGGGAAGGGGGUGUGUGAGGAUUUGAGGGGUGAGGGCUUUGCUGCGAGGUUGUGA